GUCUAAGCGACCAACUCUACUGCUAAAACCUCAUCAUUAGACUCCCUUCCUCUCUCCAAUUUUUCCCCAACACCACCUCUCUCUCCCUCAUUCAAAACUACCGAAUCUCCCCAAGACCCUCCAGAUCUCCCACCACCGCCACCGCCACCGCCAGCAAUGGGGAAAGGCGGAGCUCUCUCAGAUGGGGUGGUGAAAAAGAUCAUCCUCUCUUACACUUAUGUCGCCGUAUGGAUCUUCCUCUCCUUCACCGUCAUCGUCUACAACAAAUACAUCCUCGACAAAAAGCUCUACAACUGGCCUUUUCCCAUCUCCCUCACCAUGAUUCACAUGGCUUUCUGCUCUUCCCUCGCUUUCGCCGCCGUCCGCAUCUUCAAACUCGUCGAACCUGCCGCCCUCAGCCGCCGAGUCUACCUCUCCUCCGUCGUCCCCAUCGGCGCUCUCUACUCCCUAUCCCUCUGGCUCUCUAACUCUGCCUACAUCUACCUCUCAGUGUCCUUCAUCCAAAUGCUCAAGGCCCUUAUGCCUGUUGCUGUCUACACCAUUGGGAUUAUGUUCAAGAAAGAUAGUUACAAGAGUAGUACCAUGUUCAACAUGCUUGCAAUCUCUGUGGGCGUGGCAAUUGCUGCUUAUGGUGAGGCCAAGUACGAUUCUUGGGGGGUUUUCCUGCAGCUGGGCGCGGUUGUUUUCGAGGCGACGAGGUUGGUUAUGAUUCAGAUCUUGUUGACCUCUAAAGGGAUUAAUUUGAACCCCAUUACUUCCCUUUACUAUGUGGCGCCCAGCUGUCUCGCGUUUCUUGCAAUUCCAUGGUUGUUUGUGGAGUAUCCUUUGUUGAAGCAGCAGAGUUCGGGAUUCCAUUUCGAUUUCGUGAUUUUUGGGACUAAUUCUCUGUGUGCGUUUGCAUUGAACUUGGCUGUGUUCUUGUUGGUGGGAAAGACUUCAGCUUUGACCAUGAAUGUUGCUGGGGUUGUGAAGGAUUGGUUGUUGAUUGCUUUCUCUUGGUCUGUGAUUAAGGAUACGGUCACCCCGAUAAACUUGUUUGGGUACGGGUUGGCAUUUUUGGGCGUUGGGUAUUAUAAUCACUUGAAGUUGCAGGCUUUGAAGGCAAAAGAAGCACAGAAGAAGGCACAGCCCGAGGAUGAGGAAUCAGGGAAGCUGUUGGAGCAGAGGGAAGGGGAUGGAAUGGGGAAGAAGGGAGAUUCACAAGCUUAAUUGCAGAAAUUAUGUAAUUUAGAAAGACAAAAAAAGAAAUUCAAUUGGAAUAAAUGUGAGGAAGAAAUCUGGGGUUUUGCAGGUUUGACUCUGUUGUUCAUCAGUGGAUCUGGGUGUUACCCGAAGUAUGAUCUUUUAACAUGCAUUGUUGUGGUUGUUAAUGAUAGAGGUGUUUGAGAUCCAACCACAUUUCUUGCUCACAAUGCCUGCCGGUUUAUCUAAUGUUAUGAGAGUAGAAAUAGUAAAUGCAGCAGUCUCAUUCCUUCUAUUUCAUUUUCCCCUUUAAUUUCCAGUUUUAUCUACCUUCAGCUGGGUUUUGAUCCUUAUAUUUGUUUACUGGUAUUUGAAUGAAUUUAUACAAAUUUCAUUACGCUGGAAA